AAGCGGACUGCCUUUAAUUCAUUACGAUUUUAGAUACAUAUUUCUAGUAUCUACCUUUGCUAUUUGAUUAGGAACGUUCAUGCAGUUCAAGCAGAUGAAUUCGCCGCUUCCUUUAGUUGAAGUUAAUUUUUUUGUUCUCAUUUUGUGGCCAGCAACUCGACAGAACGGCGGCUAUGCCUGCUGGGUGCACACGGUGGCGCUGUGUCUGAGCAACACAGAGUUCACCCUCAUGAGACAAAUGGGAUUAAAACAUCUUGUCUGAUUAGGCAGCGACGGAUAAACGAGUCUGAGUCUCUGAGGAGCUGCAAAUUAUUAUUUUUAUUUAAUCAUUUUUUUUAACUGUUAUUAUUUUAUCGGGACACUGAGCUUUUGCUCAAACAGCCCACAUGUCUGCAGGAUCAUGAGGAGUUAGGAGCGGGUUUGAAACUGACCAGAGGGAGGGAACCCGCUCCGAUUGGGCUCUCUAUUUUCAACUCCAGCCUCGUUAUAAACGACAUGACAGACGCGCUUCACCUUAUGUUCACGGGGAUAAAAUGACGCUGUUUUAAUUCGCUGUUUGUGUUUGAGAGGAGGAGGAGCUGGGCAUUUGAGGAGCGCCUUUCCCCCCCUAUGUUCUCCACGGCUAUAAUAAAGAUAUUGUAACUUAUCUCGGGACGGAGAGGCCAGGCAAAGUGUCAGGAAUGCCCCCAGUUCUCCUGCUAGCUGGGUUGAUUCUGGCUCUGUCCAUCCCUGGCACUACAUCUGAGUCAGCCACACUGCGCUUCCUGGGCCAAACGGACUUUGUUGUCAAUGAGAGCAGCACAGCUGUGGUGCGACUUGUCGUGGAACGAGUGGGAGACCCAGUCAAUGUGACAGCUUUGGUUCUGCUAGAGGGAGUCGACACAGGAGAUUUUGAGGCCAUAAAUGCUGCAGCAUUCCUGCUGUCCACCGAGUCCAGUAAAACCAUUUUCAUUGCUGUGAAGGACGAUGACAUCCCUGAAGAAGAUGAGAAAUUUACUUUCAACCUUAAACUGCAGAGCUCCUCUAACGGUGUGACACUGGGAACACCGAACAGGGCAACAAUUACCAUCUUGUCCAAUGACAAUGCCUUUGGAAUCAUUGCCUUCAACUCAACUGAGGAGGUAGUUGUUGAUGAGCUGAGAGGAAAGAACUAUUAUGUGCCUUUCACCUUAAUCAGAGAAAAGGGAACCUACGGAACCGUGACUGUGAACUUUGAGAUUUCUGAUGGUCCCUAUCCUGCUAUUGAUGAUCUCAGUCCAGACAGAGGGAACAUCACUAUCCCUGUGGGACAGGCUGCAGUGAACUUCAGUAUUCUCAUUAAAGAUGACCAGAUCCCGGAGAAUGACGAGGUGUUUUCAGUAAGGCUCACAGGCGUGGCUGGUGGAGCCCUUCUCAGCCCCAAUCGCAGCAGUGUCCAGCUGAGAAUCCGUCAAAAUGACAGCCCUCUGCGGUUCUCCCUCGCAGUCAUGGCCGUGUCAGAGUCUGCGGGCGUCAUUGCUCUCAACGUGACCCGUGGCCAGUUGGCUGAGGAUGGGCCACUCAUUGGUUCUCUUGGCACUCAGGUGUCUGUAGAUUACACUGUAGUGAGUGGUGAAGGACUGGGCAGCGCCACUCCAGCUGUGGAUUUUGUGGACCUGCAGCCCAUCAGAACCAUCACAUUCCCUCCGUUUGUCUACAAAGCCAGACUUUUCUUCAACAUCACUGAUGAUGUGGUGCCAGAAAUUGCAGAGUCCUUUCAUGUAAUCCUUUUGGAGGAGACUAUCAGAGGAGAUGCUGUGCUGGUAUCACCCAAUGCUGUGCUGGUCACCAUUGAGCCCAAUGAUAAGCCUUAUGGAGUCCUGUCAAUCAGCAGUGCUCUAAUUCAGCCAAUCGCCAUCAACGAAGAUGUGACAAAGAGGUUUGAUGGCAUCAUCAUUGUAAGAAACGGAGGAAGCUAUGGUGCCGUGUCUGCCAACUGGUCCAUCAGCAGGAACUCCAGUGAUCCCGCUCCGGUGUCAGAUGACUUAACACCUCAGGCUGGAACAGUGAAAUUCAAUGCUAGUCAGGUGACUGCUGUGAUUUCACUAAACAUUGUGGCCGAUAAUCAGCCUGAAGAAGCUGAAGCUUUUGUUUUUAAACUGCUGCCCAACACCGUAACUGGAAAUGUGGAGGUCGACGAACCUAUGCAGAUGGUGUUCUACAUCCAAGACAGUGACGAUGUCUAUGGACUUUUUCGGUUCGACCCGAACAAGGAGCAGAGCAUCCAGAGUCAACCCGAGGGUCGAUUCCUGUCUCUAAAUUUUGUGAGGGAAGGUGGCAUGCUGGGCAAUGUGUCUAUGACCUUUACCGCCCUCUACAUUCCAGCCGGUCCAAUAGAGCCAGAACUGGCCCGUGAUCAGGUUCUGAACGUCAGCAGGUCUAUCAAUGUGGCGUUUUACCGUGAGCAGAUGAUCCAUGUCAUACUGCCCAUCAGAAAUGAUGCCUUUCUGCAGAAUGGAGCUCACUUCUUAAUACAGCUGAAAACUCUGGAACUGAUUGAUAUCAGUCCCGCCAUUCCUUCAAACAGUCCAAGAUUUGGUGGACCACUAAACCUGACUUUGACUGUCACCCCUGACAUUGCUAACGGUGAAAUAGGCUUUAUAAGUAAUGCCACAGUGGUGCUUUUUGAACCAGAGGACAGCAAUGCAACCAUGGUUAGCCUCCCUCUGAGGCGGGAUGGGACAGAUGGUCAGGCUGUGGUGUUCUGGAGCCUUCAUCCAACUGGAGCCAAUCGAGGGGAUGUCACAGCUAAUGACCUGAGGCCAUUUAAUGGCUCCAUUGUCUUCCUCUCCAAGCAGAGUGAUGCCUUCAUCAAUCUUACUGUCCUGGCUGACGAUAUCCCUGAAGUUAACGAGACCUUACUGCUUACUCUAGAUCGCUAGACGAGACAUACUCUGUGGUGCUCAGUAGCUACAGCACUCCUCCCAGUCGACUUGGCAACUACAGGGAAGUGAACAUCACUGUGCGGAAAAAUGACGACCCCUAUGGAGUCAUUGAAUUUGUCCAAUCAGGGCUAACAGUGACCAUCAAUGAAAGUAAAGGGGACUUGAGCUUUCAGGCGGUGUACCCCGUAGUGAGGAACAGGGGUCGCUUCGAAGAAGUGACAAUUUCCUGGUUCAUAGAGCCGGGCUUGUCUGGAGAUGUUACCCCACUCCAUGGAAACAUUACCUUCAAGGCAGGAGAGUACUUGAAAAACCUCACUGUUUUCUCUGUACCUGAUGAGAUUCCAGAAGACAUGGAAAAUUUCACCAUUGUCCUGUCAAAUGCAACCGGUGGAGCGAGACUGGGAAACAUACUAAGUGCCAGUUUAUGGAUUAAUAAGAAUGAUGAUCCCAUUUACUUUUCUGAGCCUGUCGUUGUGCGUGUUCGUGAAGGAGGUGUUGCCAACUUCACUGUCCUAAGGGCAGGCCGGGCUAACUUUGUGGCUUCAGUGAUGUAUCGAGUGGCGUACGGCAACGCGUCACCGGAUGACCUCGCUGUUCUGAAUAAUGACACGUUGCUGAUGUAUGAUGUAGGCGAAUGGAUGAAGAAUAUCUCUGUGGCUGUAAAAGAUGACGACGUACCCGAGACUGAUGAACUAUUUUACAUUGUUCUCUAUAAUGCCACUGGCGAUGCCGUUGUGUACGGGGCAAACACGGCUACAGUUGUGAUUGAGGCCAACGAUGACGCCAAUGGAAUUUUCUCUUUGGAAAGUGUGGAAAAACCUGUCGCAGAGGGCAAGACCAAUAGCUUUUAUGUCUUGCGAGCGAGAGGACAUUUUGGUAACGUAACAGUCUUCUGGCAGCUGUUUGCCAAUGACUCAGUUACUCCUCUUAAAGAAAAUCAGGAGUUUACAAACACAUCAGGCUCCAUCACCUUUAUUACAGGGGAAAAAUCCAAGCCCAUCAUACUGGAAGCCAUUUCUGAUAAACUUCCAGAGUUUAAUGAGUUUUAUGUUCUCAGGCUGGUAAACAUUUCAGGCGGUUACCCUGGGGAUGGUGGACAAUUGGCAAAUAUGUCUUUGAAUGCUUCAGUUCUCAUCCCUUUCAAUGAUGACCCCUUUGGUGUUUUUGCCAUUGCUGCCACCAACCUAGACCAAGAAGUAGCUGAAGAUGUCCUCUCCAAAGAUGACAUGACGGAUGUCACGUCCUUCACCAUUGUCAGACAACAGGGCGCGUUUGGUGACGUGCGAGUAUCCUGGGAGAUUGUAUCUGAACAGUUCCCACAGGGUCUUCCUCUCAUGGACGAUCUGCUGCUACUAGCUUCGUUUCCAGAUACAGUUGAGCUCAGGCCUUAUGCCAGGAGACCCCACUCAGCCACAGAUGCUCGUUUUUUCUCUGGGCUUCCAGGAGCAUAUGGAACCAUCUCUGCCGAAGAUUCCCCUGCUGCUAUAGGAAACUUCACCUUCUCAGCUUGGCUGGUGCCCACACUGAACACCGAUGGCUUCAUAAUGUCCAAAGGAACCAGAAAUGGUAGCUUGUAUUAUGGAGUGAAGGUCCACACCAAUGGGUCACAUGUUACAGUGAUGCUCUACUACACAGCCACAGGCUCAAAUAAUACCCAGAUAGCCAGGGCCACCUCUGAGAAGCUUGUGGAAGAUAAUACCUGGCUACAUGUCAUCAUAACAUGUGACGAUGGGAUCGUUGAGUUUCUCUUGGAUGGGGCUCCUAUACCUGGAGGGCUGAAAAGCAUCAAAGGAGAAGGCAUCAGUGAUGGACAUGCUUCGGUGUUUAUCGGGUCAGACGUUGAGGGUAAACAACGCUACACCGGCCUCCUCCAGGAUGUCCGCUUGUACCACACCAAGCUCAACCAUAGCCAGAUUUAUGAACUCCAUGCUCAGCCCCCUAAAACGGACCUGCGGAACAUCUCGGGCUACCUGCGGUACUGGCAGGAUGAGAGGCAGAAGUCGUUUGUGGUGGAGGUCCGUGAUGAUGACUUGGAGGAGGGAGAGGAGGUGUUCUACCUGCAGCUGGUGGCCGUGCAGGGCGGUGCUCGCCUUCCCUUUCCCCGACCCACUGCUGUUCUGCGCAUCAUGAAGAGUGACAACGCCAACGGGCUUUUCGGGUUCACUGGUGCCUGCAUACCUGAUACUGCAGAAGAAGGCUCCACCAUCUCUUGUGUGAUUGAGCGCACACGAGGUGCUCUGGAUUAUGUGUACGUUAACUAUACCGUCACCCAGCUGGGCAGCUUGGGAAAUGACAGCACAGCUCAUCUGGAUUUUGUUAACGCAACUGGAGCCGUGCUUUUCAAGCCUGGACUGCGCUUUGAGGUCCUGAAUCUGUUGGUGUUUGAUGAUAACCUGCCAGAGCUUGCAGAGUCUUUUCAGGUUUCCCUGGUCUCUGCAGAAUCCGGUGAUGGGAAGCCAGGCUCCACCCCCACCAGUGGUGCAAGCAUCGAUCCCAACAACUCUGUUAAUUCAAUUACAGUCACAGCAAGUGACCAUCCUUAUGGUCUGCUGCAGUUUCAGUCAAGUCCUCCACUGGUUGGUUUAAUCUCCCCAGCAGUAGAACCCGCCUACAUCACUGUUAAUGAGGAGGCUGGGCAGAUCCAUCUUCCAGUGGCCAGGGCCCAAGGGCUUUUGGGAAGGAUCAUGGUGGGAUACAGGACAACGCCCUUUACAGCAUCCAGCCCAGAAGACUAUGAGAAAUCUGAGGGCGUCUUAGACUUUUUACCUGGGGAGAGGUUAAAGUUCAUCAAUGUGACCCUUGUGGACAAUCCUGUCCCUGAGCUGGAAAAGAUUUUUCGAGUGGAGCUCUACAAUGUUGAUGGAGGAGUGGAUCAUUUCCUUCACGGUGAAGAGACUGGUAGUGGGGAGGGUGACUAUAAUUUCCUCCCACCAUCCUAUCACCACUAUGCUAGUUUGGGAGCUGCAUCUCGCAUCACAGUCACCAUUGCCGCCUCUGAUGAUGCCCAUGGUGUGUUUGACUUCAGUCCUCAAACUGUUUCUGUCAAUGGGACUGAACCUGAGGAUGGACGCAACACUAUCAUCCUGCAGGUGGAUCGUUCCUUUGGGGCCCUUUCCAAUGUCACAGUGUUCUGGGAAGUUGAUGCCAGGUCUGAGGGUCAGCUCCUCAGCAGAUUUGGGAACGUCACCUUUGGUGUUGGGCAGACGUCGAAGAAUGUGAUCAUUGGUGUGGCCCAAGAUGAGAUCCCUGAGUUGGACAAGAGCUACACUGUGUCUCUGGUUAACGUUUCACCUGGUCGUCUGGGUGUCAGGACAUCUGCUACUCUGACUGUGCUCGCCAGUGAUGACCCUUAUGGUGUUUUUGUCUUUGCCAAUGCAACAAGGUCUAUUCGAAUUUCUGAAGCUAAUGUCACUGUCUCCCUCAUGAUCCUGCGACAGAAAGGCCUGAUGGGUCAGGUACGGGUAACAUAUGGGACACUAAAUGAGACCGAUCCAGAACCUUACAGAACCCCUGGAGUGGGCCGAGCAACUCAGGGGAAGGAUUUCGUUCCCCUCCUCAGUUCUGUCGUGUUCGUGGCCAAUCAGACUGAGGCAAAAAUCACCCUUGGAGUACUCGAUGACGACGAUCCAGAACGUGAUGAGUCGGUGUUUGUGAAAUUAAUCGGUGUUCAGCUUGUCAAAGGAGAGCAGGAGAGGCCAAUUGUAAACUCUCCCGCUCUGGGCUCCACAAUGGACAGUGUAGCCCAGGUGAUAGUGGGGGCCAGUGACGAUGCUUUUGGAGUCCUUCAGCUGUCUGCUUCUGCUGUCAGCGUGGCCGAAGAUUACGUUGGGCCUAUAAUAAAUGUCACACGUGUCGGGGGGAUUUUUGCUGAUGUAUCUGUCAAAUUCAGAGCAGUGCCUGUGACCGCCACAGUUAGCGAAGACUACAGCGUAGCAUCGACUGACGUGGUCCUUUUAGAGGGGGAGUCCAGUAAAUCUGUGCCCGUCUAUGUUAUUAACGAUGUGGUGCCUGAGCUGGAGGAGACCUUUAUUAUUGAGCUGAUCAACCAAACAACUGGAGGAGCUCUCCUGGGAGAGCUCACACGUGCCAUCAUCACCAUACUGCCUUCUGAUGACCCUUUUGGUGCCUUCGUCUUUCAGGCUCUUCCAGUGACAGUAGAGGAGCCAGAAUCUAACUCUGUUGAGGUCACACUCCCUGUUGUGCGCAAAGCCGGCACAAUUGGCACAGUGGCAGUUCAGUGGAAGGCUACUGUUAAUGGUAAACUAGCAGAAGGGGACGUUAGACCCACAUCAGGAGAGGUUAAAUUUGCUCCUGGAGAAACCAUGAAGACACUUAAAGUAGAGAUUUUAGCUGAUGAUAUACCCGAAAUAACUGAGAUUAUUAAAGUAGAGCUAACUGGGGCCAGUAAUGGAGGAAACUUAGGAGCCGAUACAUCCGUUAACAUAAUAGUGCCUGCCAAUGACAACCCAUAUGGGACAGUUUACUUUGAACAGUCUGUUUAUCAAGUUCAAGAGCCACUGGAGGGAGUUUACAAAGCUAAUAUUACUGUCCGUCGGAGAGGUGGUUACUUUGGUCGAUUGGAGAUCUUGUACAGCACUUCUGAGAUUGACAGUGUUGGUUUGGCUCAGGCUAACGGCCAGAACCUGUCGAUGUACUACAAUCCUCCAAAGCCAGGUGUUCCAGCCAGUACCCCACUUGUGAAAUUUAACAUCACAGGUCAGAAAGAUCCUGUAUCUUCCUGUGCUGCCGCAUGUCUGAGAGAGCGUGCCUGCCAGGCCUUCAGCCUGUCUUCAGCUGUAACCCCACCAUCCUGCACAUGGGUGACCUCAGGAGUCGACAAGCUGACCUCUGAAACUCAAGUUUUCACUUAUAUUAAAAAUGCCACUGCAGUUGCUGUGUUGUUUAGCUCCCAGGCUGUGGCUGGGAGUGAUUACACCCCUGUGACCAAUCAAAGUGCCUACAUGGAUGACGGAUCAGGAGUUGCUAAUGUCACAGUCUUAAUUUUGGCGGACACAUUUCCAGAAAUGGAUGAGAGUUUCUCUGUACAGAUGUUAAAGGUAGAGCUGGUAAAUUUUACAACGUCACAGAAGAAUCUGCCCUCGAUCGGUCAGCCGGACAAAGCUGUCGUCACCAUUGGAGUGAAUGGGGAUGCUUUUGGCAUAUUUUUGAUUUACAGUCUCAGUCCAAAUGCUACAAACAAUGGACUGUAUCUUGAGGUUCGAGAAGGACCUCUAGUUGUGGUGCCACUAGUCAUAGAGAGGCGGGGAGGGAAUUUGGGCAGAGUCACUGUAGAGUGGAGAUUUGUUGGAGGGAAAGCCACCACGGGUGCUGACUUCAAUGGGACUGGAGGAACUCUGGUCUUUGAUGGUGAACUUAAGAAGACAAUAGAAAUAGCAAUCAAUGAUGAUUCUGAACCAGAGGACAAUGAAAACCUCAUGAUUGGUCUUGUUAACACAGCCGGAGGAAGUCGGAUUCUGCCAAGCUCGGACACUGUGACCAUAGUGAUACUGGCUAACGACAAUGUGGCAGGAAUUGUGGGAUUCCACUCAGCCUCACGUUCUGUCAUUGCCAGGAAAGGUGAGAAACUGUCAUUAUUGGUGCUGAGAACAGCUCCAAGUCGGGGUAACGUCACUGUGGACUGGACAGUACAAGGACAUCUUGUACAACGAACCUUCUCUCUAACGUCAGGGACUAUUUUCUUCACUGAGGGACAGCAAAAUAAAACUAUAGUCCUACAAGUUCUGGACGAUGCCACACCAGAGAACAAAGAUGAAUACAGAGUUUUCCUGUCAAAUAUACAAACAUUUGGUGUUGUAGAAACAGGCCGCGCUACCCUGGAAAGUAGUGUGGCAGUGGUUACUUUCGACACAAGUGGUCAGCCCUACAGCCUGCUGUCUAUCGCCCCGUCAUCCCUUAGGGUGACUACUGAGGAGCGAGACCACGUCAUAAACAUCUACAUCAACAGGGAGUUUGGGGCCUCAGGGGUUGUGAAUAUUACCUAUGAGGUUAAAAGAGGUUCCUUACAAAACCUAUCUGAGGUGGAAGGGGCUUUAGCUGACCCAGGAAAAGACUUCAUCGCUGGUACUGGUUCUGUGAUUCUUCAAGAUGGACAGACCUCAGUUGGCAUUCCUGUCACCAUUCUGGAGGAUGACAUUCCCGAGUUACAGGAGUUUUUCUUGGUCAACAUAACAUCUGCAGUACUCAUCACAACCCUCACUACUGUUCCCCAACUCGACACCCAGGGUUUGGUUGCAGAAGUCAGUAUUGCUGCUAAUGAUGGAAUCAGAGGGGUCAUUGAAUGGACAAACACCAUGUUUGAUGUGAAUGAAACAAUAGGAUCAUUGACUCUUGUGGCCUACAGGAGCAAGGGGACACACGGGAAUGUCUCUCUCCUGUUUUAUGCACAGAACCUGGAAGCUCAGCAGGGACUUGACUACACCAUCAAUAAUACGAUGCUCCACUUUGUUGAUGGCGAAAGGUAUAAGUUUGUGGAAGUGCAGAUAAUUGAUGACACCACUCCAGAGGGACCUGAAAGAUUCCAGCUCAUCCUUUCCCAGCCGUCCCCUGGCCUGGAGCUGGGCACCAACACCACAGCCACUGUGAACAUCCUGGCCAGUGACGACGGACACGGAGUCCUUUCCUUCAACACCAGCGAACGUUUUCUGCUGAGAGAGCCGACCUCGGUGUCACAGCUGAGUGACAGCGAGGCCAAACUUUUUGUGAUGCGGAGCCCAGAGGAAGGCACGUUUGGCACCGUGUCCGUUCAGUUUACCGUCACGGACGCCAACGGCAGCCUCGCGGAGGGGGAUGUGAUACCAACACACGGGGUUGUGGUUCUGGAAGAUGGGGUCCGAUUUAAGAUGCUGCAGAUCAAGGCAGUACUCGAUGCUGAACCAGAGGGGAAUGAAACCUUCUCCGUGGUUCUGUCCAACCCAACCGGAGGAGCACGACUCGGUGACCGGCUUCAAACAUUCAUCACCAUCCUGGCAAACCUGGCUCCUUCGGGUUUAUUCCGAAUCGGACCUACUCUCAACAGAACCAGUACAGAUGUGGUGAUCAGUGAAGGCAGCAGGGCAGUCUUCCUCACUGUAUCACGCAGUAAUGGUUUGGAGUCAGCUGUCAGUGUGGAAUGGGAGAUGCUGUCUGGUACAGCUGUUGCCUCUGCGGGUCUCCUCUCAGUUUUAGGUUUGUCCCAAAGCUUUGAGAACAAACCCACAUCUGCUUGGUGCUCUGUUCCUGGAGAUCCUUCCUUCCUGGCUAUGAGGUUGGAUUUAAAGCCUGUAGUUGGAUCCUCCUACACUGUGGCAAUUCUGUAUCGGUGGCAAGGUGCUUUUGUGCCAAUACAGUCUGUGAGGGUUCAGGACCCGGCAUCAUGCGUGGGGUUCACAGUGAACGGUUCCUCCUAUGUUGGCAUCACUCACGGGGGUCCUCCUUUCUUUCCUGCCGCCAAUCUCAGCAUCUUCAAACUACAGAAGGACCUCAACAUCACACUGGAACAAACUUUAGGUGUUGAAGCCCUGAAUGUGAAACACUUCUCCUCUGAAGGCAAAGAUUAUCUUAUAGCAUCCAGCCAGAUUUGGAGAAUUUGGACAGGCAGCUCCCUUACCCUCCACCAGACCCUGGACUUUAAACAAGGCGUCGUCAGUUUGGCUCCGUUCACUCACGCAGGUGUGCCCCACCUGUUGGUGUGCGUUGACAACCAAACUUUAGGCUGCCGGGUGCUCCAGUGGACCAGUGGAAGAUUUCAGAACCCACAGACUCUUCCAGUCGCAGGCAGAACCAUUCAGGUGGACGUGAUCAACACAAGAACAGAUGAUGCUCUGCUGCUGAUUGCUGUUGAAGGUUUCCCUCCAUCCUGUAAGGUGUUACAGUGGGGGUCUGGAGGCCCUUCAGCUCUGUCCAAUCAGUCCAUUCCACACCCGGGCCUCACCUCUAUUCAUGCUUUCGCUUCUUCUUCUGGGACCUCUUAUGUCAUGCUAGCUGGAGGAAAUAGUUCAUCGUUGUACCUUUGGAGGUCUGACAUCAAACUGUUCACCAUGAUCCUGAAGCCGCCUCGAGCCGUUAGCUUCACCUCGCUCAUGGUCCCAUCGCUCAGUGCCACAAAGAGCCUUCUGGCCUCUGCUGAAGAGAAUAGCUCCAACAUUUAUGAAUUCACUUCUGUUUCAAAUCAGUCUGAUUUUAUACCCAGUUUUGGGGAGUUGCACUUUGCACCGGGUGUCAGUGAGCUGGAGUUAGCAGUGAAUGUCAUCGAUGAUGAUAUCCCCGAAGUGGAAGAGUACUUCCAGGUCAGACUGAAGAACCCAAAAGGUGGGGCAGAGAUUGGAUUUGGUGGUCAGGUUAUGGUUGUUAUCCCAACUAACGAUGACGCCCAUGGAGUUAUCGGCUUUGCUCAGAAUUCUCUGUACUUGGAGGUGGAGGAGAUGGAACAAAACAAUCAAAUUUCUCUGAGCGUGGAGAGAAAAAGGGGGGCUUUUGGCAGACUGACUGUUCACUGGGCUGCUAAUGGAAACUUGGCAGACAUUUACCCCACCUCAGGAGUGGUGACAUUUUCUGAGGGGCAAACCGUAGCCAUCAUCUCUUUAGCUGUGAUCGCUGAUGGUUUACCAGAGCUAAGUGAGAAUGUCACAAUCGCCCUCCUGGGCGUCAACACUUUGGGUCUUCAAGACCAGCAACAAGCUGCCGUCAUUGACAAGCAGCGAGCUCAGGCUCUGCUUACCAUCUUACCAAAUGGUUCCCCCUGUGGCGUAAUUGGCUGGCAUCUGGACUCCCAGUUCAUCCUGACACAGGAACCACAAAGAACUCCGGUAAAUGUGACACUUUCUAUAAUAAGGGAGCAAGGCUCCACAGGUGAGGUGCUGAUUCAUUAUCAAACCAAGCCGGCUCUGUACCAGCCCCCAUCCAAUCAAGCCUCCUCUGGACUGGACUAUGUAUCCAAAGAUGACACCAUUAUCAUGAUUAAUGGUGCUACUGUGGCCCUCGUCACUGUCACCAUCCUACCAGAUGACAUCCCAGAGCUUGCAGAGAGUUUUCUGGUAAACAUCACUGGAGUGGAGCUAGUUAGAGGCUCUGUUGGAGCUGGGCAGCCGAGCUUGAAGAGGCCUGGUAUGGAGGUGGCAGAGAUCACCAUCCAGGAGAAUGAUGAUCCACGAGGAGUUCUGCAGUUUAACAUUUCUGAAGAUAUUCCUGGUGGUGUGGUGGCCUACGAGAUACCACCACCAGAUAACAUCCUUCAUCUGUCAGUGGUGCGACUUGCUGGUACAACUGGGAGACUGGUCGUCUACUGGGAGGCUGAGCCAAUCACUGCUGAUCUCAGCGACUUCAGCCCCUCAUCAGGAAACAUCACCUUUCAAGAUGGACAGAAAGAAGCCACUAUAGCCAUCACCAUUUUGGACGAUGCACAAGUGGAGAGCUCAGAAACCUUCAGAGUGAAUUUGCUGCGUGUGAUUGGCGGUGCUCGUCUCGGACCGGUGACCUUUAUUUCUGUCACUGUUCCACUGAAUGACUCACCUCUGGGACGAUUUGGAUUUCAGAAACUGGAGGUUGUUAUAAGUGAGCCAGAGUUUCAGAAUGACUCUGCUGCCGUUGCGACACUGGCUGUGCUGCGCAGUGCAGGAGGCGCCGGGGCCGUGAGGCUGCUGUGGAAAAUUGAAGACCAGGCUGAACGUGACCUUUCACCUCUUAAUGGAACUCUUGUCUUCACUGAGACUGAGACUGUUAAGUCUUUUGUAGUCAGAGCCCUCGCCGAUGACGUGCUGGAAGGAGACGAGCAUUUCAUUCUACGCCUGCUUCCUGCUGACAGUGGUGCUGUCAUUGACCCCUUACACGGUGUGGUCACCAUCACCAUCAGGGCAGACAAGGCAGCUCUGGGGAUUAUUGGAGUAGCAGAGUCAUCGAGGAACAUCAUUAUUGGGGAACCUCAGGGAGCCUAUAAAGGCAUUUCCACAGUUAGUCUUGUGCGAGGUCCCGGCGUUUUUGGAGAGGUGCAAGUUUUUUGGAACAUCACUCCUGCCCGAGCGUCUGAGUUUGAAACCAUUUCUGGCGUGGUGACCAUGAGAGAUGGACAGUCUGUGGCCAACAUUACUCUGAAGGUGAUUGACGAUGACGUCCCUGAAGAGCGCAGCGAGUACCAGCUCUCACUCACCUCAGCUACAGUGGGACUGGAGAUAAGUCCCACAGCCAAGCAUGCCAGGAUCACUAUGGCAGCUAGUGACUGCCCCUAUGGCCUUUUCUCCUUCACCCAGCUUGAGCUCAGGGCAAAAGAGGAAGAGGGACUGGUCAAUGUGACAGUGAAUCGCUCCCUUGGCAGUUUGGGCAGCGUGUGGGUGAGAUAUGACACCUCAGGAAGCACAGCAGUCAGCGGCCUGGACUUUGCUCCAGCUUCAGGACGACUGCUAUUCACACCAGGCCAAACCUCAGGAGAAAUCACGCUGCGUGUUCUGGAUGACAGUCUUCCAGAAGGGCCUGAAAUGUUUUUUGUCAACAUCAAUAAUGUAGAGCUGUUUAAUUUCAGUGUUGUGGACUACACAGUGAGAGAGUCAGGGCUGCAGUUGGACCAGCCUCCAGCUAUAGGCAACAUCUCCACUCUUGUUGUGAUCAUACAGCAGAAUGAUAACGUUGAAGGAGUCCUGGAGUUCAGGCAGGAUUACCUUAACAUCACAGUUGACGAGGAUGUGGGUACUGUGCUGAUCCCGGUGGUGAGGAGAGUCGGUUCAUAUGGACUGGUCUCAGCUAACUUCAGCUCAAGAGGCUUGAGUGCAACUCCUGAUGUCGACUACAUCCUGCGCAGUGACUCUGUGAUGUUUGUCAGUGGUCAGAAUGUCAGCUACAUCAACGUCACUGUUAUCGAUGACCUGGAAAGUGAAUCUGCAGAAACAUUUGAGGUCCUGCUGGUUGGAGCUACAGGAGGAGCAGUUCUAGGACCACAGCGUUUCGCGAGGAUAACCAUCAGCAAGAGCGACUCUCCGAGCGGUGUGGUCCGCUUCCAAAAUAAAAGUCUGACCACCGUGGCGAACCCCGACUCCAUGUUGAAGCUAACUUUUGUUGUGGAGAGGGCAGGAGGACUUUUGGGCAAUGCAACGGUUUCUUGGAUCAUCCGAGGACCUAACAGCAGAGAGGUCCUUCCCCCGGUGAACACUGACAUUAAAGAGCCUGUGAACGGGUCCUUCUUUUUUAAAGAUGGUGAAAAAAGUACAGCGACUAUAGAGCUGCGGGUUCUGCCUCACGGUGAAGUGGAAGUGGAGGAGAUGUUUGUUAUAGAGCUCGGCAUCCUCUCUGGAGAGAUGGAUGUUGAUCCUCAUGCCGGCUCCGUAACACUUAAGAUAGAGAAGUAUGGUGACCCAAAUGGUAUAGUCCAGUUCACGUUUAAUGCUCUUCAAGAACAUGUUGUCAAUGAAUCCACAGAAGCAGAGGGUCCACGUAACAUUUCCUUGCUGAUUACACGCAGAGAGGGCGUCAUGGGAAACAUCACUGUCCACUGGCAGAUACAAAGCGACUCGGAUAUAACAGGUGACUUUCGAGCAUUUUCUGGCUCAGUAAUGAUCGUGGAAGGCCAGAGAGAAGCAGCGAUCAUCCUUAGCCUGAUGCCUGACACAGUGCCGGAGCUGGAGGAGCUCUAUGUUGUCCAGCUCACCACCGUGGAGGGUGGCGCUACUCUAGAUAGCAACCCAAACCUUACCAGAACUCAUAUAAGGGUGCCUGCUAACGACGAGCCCCACGGUGUGUUUUCCUUGAACCCCGUGCAGCAGUCCAUAGUGGUGGUGGGUUCAGGGUCUGAGGUCAGCAGAGCGCUGAUUGUGAACGUGUCUCGGCUUGCUGGGCUCUUUGGGAACGUCAGCGUGGGUUAUAGGAUCGGUGGGACAGACAAGCUGAUGGACAUCCAGACGAUGCUGGGAGGACGAGCAGAAGGAAGGCUGUUUUUGACAGAGGGGCAAAUGUUCAGUGCAGUCACAAUCCCCAUCAGUAGUCAGGCGUUUUUAUCAGCGGGUGUGAGCUUCACCGCAGAGCUCACUGAUGUCCAACUAGUCAGCGCCGUCCAAGGCUCUCUGCCUCGCCUCCAUCCUGAAGCCAAUGUUUCCACGGUGACUGUACCUGAAGAAGCUGCCAGCUCAGAGGUUGGCUUUGCCUCAGUGGCUCUGCAGGUUCUGAAUGUAGAAACUGGGAUGUUCGAAGCAAAGGUGACCCGAAAAGGCCUGUUUGGGGAGAUAAAGGUUCAGUGGAAAGCUGGUUUUCCUUCUGGACAGGAUCCCCCUGGUUUCAGAACGGGACCUAUUGUCCCAAACUCAGGCUCACUGAUCCUUGCUCAUGGUGAAAGGAAUAAAACCAUAUCGUGCACUGCAAUAGCCGAUGGAUUAGAAGCAGCUUCCUAUGCUGUACAUCUCACUAAUGCCACCUCGAGCUCUUCUGCGAGUGGAGCCGUCAGGUUAAGACCCGGCUUUACGGUGGCAGAAGUGGAGCCACUUGGUAUUUACCAGUUCGCUCCUGAUUCUCGACAGCUUGUUAUUGCUGAGGAGGUCCAGAUGUUAACACUGUACGUCCAGAGACUUUACGGUUUUCGUAGCAACACGACUCACCUGUCGUAUACGACGUUAGACGGCAGCGCAGCAGCAGGGAAGGACUUUGUUGCAGUGCUAAAUGGACGUUUGGUCUUUGACUCGCCUCAUCAAACAAACGCAUCUUUCAGCCUUUUGAUCCUUGAUGAUUCCCUCUCAGAGCCCAACGAGUACUUUCACGUCAAUUUAACCAACGUUCAGGUCCUGAGUCCAGGUUUUACCUGGGCUAAUACACCGCCACGACUCAACCCUAAACACAGCGUGGCCACUGUCACCAUCCUGGCAAGUGACGCAACUGGUGGGGUUUUGAGUAUUGGACCUGUUCAAGUCCAAGUCCAGGAGGACAAAAAUGAUACAAACCAGCAAAGGGUUGUUCUGAGGGUGCGCAGGUCUAACAGUGUUGCAGAGGCUGUGACAGUUCGAGUCCAAGCAUAUGGAGAUGGAAGUACAAAACCUCCCCCUUUUACUCUGGAAUCCGCCGGGACUCUGGCAAAGGAGCAGCAGGACUUCUACUUGGAGUCCUCUGUGGUGUCUCUGCAGCCUGGUGAGGAAGAGACAGAAGUGAUUCUCAUCAUCGUGGACGACUCAGAGCCUGAGGGACAGGAAGUGUUCUUCAUCUACCUCAGUGAUCCAGAAGGAGGCGCUCAGAUCACAGACAGCCCCCAACAGGGUUUCGGAUCUUAUGUCAAGAUCAUCAUCCUUGGGAGUGACUUCCAGAAUGGUAUAAUAGGAUUUACUUUUAACUCUCUGAUGGGCCAAGUUCUCCAUGAGGAUUCAGUGAACAGAACUGCUCUGCUGUACCUACAGAGGCAGGAAAACAGGGCUUUUGAAGAUCUGCAGGUCUUCUGGAGAGCUACAUUCAGCAAAGACUCAGUAAGCCUUAUCAGUAAUGGAGUCGACCUGACCGCGCAGCUUGUGCAGACAUCAGGAACAGCCAUCUGUAGGCGAGGGGAGAUCACAUGUGCCUUCACUCUUCAGGUCUUGGAUGAUGAGGAACCAGAGUACCAAGCAUGGUUCCUGGUGGAGAUUUACCAAGUGGGUGCUGGAGCUUCCAUCAACGGGAGCGCUCGUUUUGCCAACGUCACCUUGGCAGAGAGCGACAGUCCAGAAGGCGUCGUGCUCUUCACUGUGGGUCACAGACUGGCCGUCGCUACUCUGACGGCCACGAGGCUCAGCCUGCAGCUCUACAGACAAGGGAGCACCGCUUUAGCUGUGACUGUACAAUAUCGCACGGUGGAGCUCACCAAAGAAGACACUGUGGGUCCCUACGUGAUCUGGCCUGCUAAAGCCGGGAUGGACUUUCCUAAACAGGAGGGUCAAGUAACCUUUAAAGUGGGGAGCCCGAUCGCGUCAAUUGACAUUUACCUGACACCUGACCUCGGCUCGGCUUCACCCACGCCGAAGCGCUUCCAGGUGGAGCUCUUCGAUCCCUCGGGGGGAGCCGGCAUUCACUCGCGGUUUGGCCUGGCUAAUGUGACGCUGGUGGCUAACGCAGCCAGUGAAUCUGUGUGGGGCUUACUGGACCAACUGCAUCAGCCUCUUAACCAAACUGUGCUGAAUGCAGCGCUGCAAGGAAUGAAGGGGAACUUAGUCGUACCCCUCACUCGAGAGCAGAUGACCGCUGUGCUUGAAGGUCUGCGGAAGGUGCUCACAGAAGCAGAGCAGACUCCUUUACAUGACAGCAGCCGGAAUUUGACCUAUGACCUGUUAUGUGCCUUGUCCAAUCCCAGUCGAGUUGACACUCGCGGCCUCAGCCACCUUGCCGAGGUCACAGAGCGAUACGCAUUCUCUCUGCUCACACACAGACAAUGUGAGAUCAUGGGUAUUGUUCUGGAAACUUGUCCAUUUAUGACCAUCUCUGCCUUCCAAUGGUACCCCACACAAAUAAAUGGACAUAGGUUCAGAGGACAGAAUUCAGACUUCUUCCAGCUUCCAGACACCCUGCUGCCGGUGCCAGCAGCCUUAACUCCAGACUGUAGAAACCUCAGCAGGAUCCAGCAGACCGAGUUCAGAACUGAACACUGGUUUCUCACCAAUGAUACCAACACAGCCAUCAGUGGGAAGGUUUUCUCAGUCAGUCUCCAGGAGAGAGGAUCACGACCCCUGGAAGAUGGCACUGAGGUGAUAUAUCGUAUUCACUCUGCUGGUCAGCAAGUUAAACCAGGAGAGUCUGCGUGCCUUUUGUGGAAUCAGACCACUGCAAGCUGGUCAUCAGAUGGUCGGUACUGCAGAGUUGUGAAGGAAAGUGGGACUUACGUGGAGUGUGCUUGCUCCCACUUGUCGAUCUAUGCAGCCCACGCAGAGUUUGCCUUGCUUGCGUCCUACAACGAGGCCUUCUACACAUCAGGAUUUAUUUGUAUCUCAGGGUUUGCAUUGGCCAUCAUAUCCCAUGUCUUGUGCUCCCGUUCCCCCAUGUUUGCUGCCAAAUUGCUCACUCACAUGAUGGUGGGCUGCCUUGGAACCCAGUUGUGCUUCCUGGUGUCCGCUUUCCGUGGUCGACUGUUUUCAGAGGACAGCUGUGCAACUCUGGCGCUCUUCUGCCACUAUUUCUAUCUGAGUCAGUUUUUUUGGAUGCUGAUACAGGCAGUGAACUUCUGGCAAGUGCUGGUGAUGAACGAUGAGCACACAGAGCGGCGGUACCUGCUCUACGUUCUCCUGGGCUGGGGACUUCCUGCCCUGGUCAUCAUCAUCCUGGUCAUCGUGUUGCUCGGAGGCUUUGGAUGGAACAUACACGCUGUGUACGGUCUGGUGCAAGGAGACGUGUGCUUCAUUCCAAACAUCUAUGCGGCUCUGUGCACGGCUGUCUUGGUGCCUCUCAUCUGUCUGGUUGCAGUACUGGUUAUUUUCAUCCACGCCUACCAGGUCACCGAGCAGUGGAAGGCCUACGAUGACCUUUACCGUGGUCGGACCAACAGCACAGAGGUGCCACUGGUCCUUUACCUGUUUCUGCUCAUCUCUCUGGUUUGGUUGUGGGCCGGACUUCACAUGGGCUUCAAGAGCCUGUGGAUGCUGAUCCUCUACGUCAUUUUUAACUGUCUACUGGGCUUGUAUGUCUUCAUUGUGUACUUUAUGAUGCACAACCAGGUAUGCUGGCCUACUAAAGCAAGUUACACGGUGGAGAUGAAUGGCCAUGGUGGUCCUGAUGGGACCUAUCCAGGAGGAGGUCCCACUACCAUAGGAGGCGACAUCAACAAAUCAACACAGAAUCUCAUCAGUGCAAUGGAAGAGGUAUGUGCCGACUGGGAACGGACAUCACUUCGGACCAGUAUUCAGCCCACCAGUGCGUUUAAGCCCAGUCCUGCGAUGGAAACGUACACCACUGAGGGGAGCUUCAUAAAUACCAACCUGGUCACUGCAGACGAGGAGUCGCAGGAGUUUGAUGACCUCAUAUUUGCCUUAAAAACAGGAACCGGUCUUAAUGUCAGCGAUAAUGAAUCCAUCCCUGGAAGCCACGACGGUGGGAGCGUCGCCAACUCCCAAAUCGUCGAGCUCCGACGAAUCCCAAUCGCAGACACGCACCUCUAACCUUUGUCCUUCACACUGAUGUCCUCUGUUUGUUCUUAUCAGAAAGAGAAAUUACAAAACAGUAUUUUUAUAUUGUAAACAAAUAAAGUCUUUGCACUAAAACUGUUUUUUUUAAAUAGAUAAUUUUCAUAUAGAUGUUUGAUACUGUAAAUUGUUUUUACUCUACAACUGUUCACAUAAAAAUGUUUUACUAAAUGUUUUUUUUCCUUUGUUUUUUUUUUUUUUUUGUAAAGUUCUUAUAAAUUUUCUGAAUGUAUAUUUUGUUCUGUUGGUUUGUAUUUUCUGUAGACGUUUAGCCAGAGAUCAAACGAUGUGCCCCACGAGCAAAACGACUGCUGCUGAGGAUGGAGAUUGUGUAACAUUGUCAAUAAAUAUUGUAUUCUGUA